ACGGAAAAGCCGUUUGAGAGCGCGACAAUGCUCCCGCUUACAGCGCGAGCACCGGAACUGUGAUGCGCACGAGCCCGUCCUCCUCCUCGGUGUUCACGCGAGCCUCUCGGUCUGACCCGUGUGCGCUGGGGCUUUUAUGGACUCCGUCUGAUUGUUUGUGUUUAUCUGCUUGUUGUGGCGCGGAUCCGGAGCGUUACCGCGGACACCGUUCCUCACACCGCGAGCGGCCAGUGCGUCGUGGCCGUGAGGGGACGCGCCACAGCAGCGGUCCAGCCACAGCGGCGAGCUUACGGAGCCGCGUGCGUGUGUGUGUCUCCCACGCAGCGCGAGAGCAGUGUCCCCUCUGAGUACCACUCAUCCCCGCUUCAGACAUGAGCUCCUAUUUCGUCAACUCGCUCUUUUCCAAGUAUAAAAGCGGCGACUCUUUACGCCCCAACUACUACGAGUGCGGCUUCGCGCAGGACCUCGCUGGAAGCCGGCCCACUGUGGUCUACGGCCCCGGCUCUGGGGCCACCUUUCAGCAUGCCCCGCAGAUCCAGGACUUCUACCAUCACAGCGCCUCGACGCUGCCCAGCAACCCCUACCAACAGAGCCCCUGCGCGGUCACAUGUCACGGUGAGCCCGGUAACUUCUACGGAUACGAUGCGCUCCAGCGGCAGACACUAUUCGGGGCUCAAGACGCGGACCUGGUCCAGUACAGCGACUGCAAACUCGGAGGCGCGCCGGGACUUGGAGCAGACGACGGGGAUGGGACCGACCAAAGCCCGUCACCCACGCAGCUUUUCCCGUGGAUGAGACCUCAAGUAGCGGCGGGUCGGAGGCGGGGCAGGCAGACGUACAGCCGCUACCAGACGCUGGAGCUGGAGAAGGAGUUCCUGUUCAACCCGUACCUGACCCGCAAGCGCCGCAUCGAGGUGUCGCACGCCCUCGCCCUCACCGAGCGCCAGGUGAAGAUCUGGUUCCAGAACCGCCGCAUGAAGUGGAAGAAGGAGAACAACAAGGACAAGUUCCCCAGUAGCAAGAGCGAACAGGAGGCCGUGGAGAGGGAGCGGCGCGAGAAGGAGCUGAGGGAUGGAGGAGGAGGGGGGAGUGGGGGAGGAGGGGCGGUGGCUGGGGGGUCCACCGCAGGAGGAGGAGCAGCGGGAGGGGGAGGAGGGGGAGGGGGAGGAGGUCAGGGAGCGACCGGUGCACAGGCGUCAGGGAGCGACGAUUGCUGCGAUAAGAGCCACAAGCAGAUGUAA